AUGUUCAACUCUGCAGACAUGGUCUUUUCACUGGAUAAUUUAUUUUAUGAAAAACCAGAUAUGAGACAAAGGUGUCCGGAAAAUGAAGAUCGUAAGACUUGGUUUAUUGCGCCUGCUCCAGCUAUUGCUGGAAUUCCAGCUGCAGAGGAGUUACAGAGGGAGCUGGAAAAAAGCUCACCUAGCACUCCUAUGGGGGGGAGCAAGCAUGAGAAGUUUGUACAACAGUGUAAGAGUAACACAGAGAAAGUAGAAGAUAAAUCAUCAGCACCUGUUCUUUUUGGCAUAACCCCUGAAAAAGAAGCCCUACAAUUAAGUCUAGGAGAAAGAGAUAAAAUUAAUUUUCAGCAUGGAAAUCUGAAAGUGGUUUCACCUUUUCUCUCCUUUGAUGAAAAUGAAUCUAAAAGAGUAAUAGGUUUUUUCCAGCAACCAGAAAAUAAUAAAGCAUUAAGUGAAAACGAUGAUGAGAGUGUCCAUUCAACAUUAAGAAAAAGCUUAUUUAAAAAGUCUGGCAAUGUGCAUAAAAAUACAGAAUUUAAAGCUGGUUCUGUUGAUGUGAAAGAAAUUGGUGCUUCCUUAAAUACAAAUGAAAAUAUGAAAGAAGUGACUAAGGAAGGUUUUUUGAGAAAUAGUCAUCAUGGUCCAAUAACUAAAGACUCAGAUUUUACUUUGCAUAGGGUAAAUAAUGAGGAGAUUGUGUCUGGAAAUGGAAUUAAAAUUCAAUCAUUUUCUAAUGCUUCAGAGAUUCUGGACAUGACAGGAACUACAGGAAGAGAAUUGGAAAUUUUGAGGGCCGUUACAGAAAUACCAACCCAAUUUAGAAGUAUUUUUAAGGAGUUCCCAUAUUUUAACUAUGCACAGUCAAAAGCUUUGGAUGAUCUUUUAUAUACAGAUAGGAACUUUGUGAUUUGUGCUCCAACUGGCUCUGGGAAGACUGUAAUGUUCGAACUAGCUAUUACCAGAUUACUCAUGGAAGCCCCACUGCCUUGGUUAAACAUUAAAGUUGUUUACAUGGCUCCAAUAAAAGCUCUAUGCAGUCAGCGUUUUGAUGACUGGAAAGAAAAAUUUGGACCUAUAGGACUCAUCUGCAAGGAGUUGACAGGAGAUACAGUGAUGGAUGAUUUAUUUGAAAUACAUCAUGCUGACAUUAUUAUCACUACACCUGAAAAGUGGGAUAGCAUGACUAGAAGGUGGAGAGACAACUCUAUAGUCCAGCUUGUGCGACUGUUUCUCAUCGAUGAGGUACACGUUAUAAAGGAUGAAAGCCGUGGUGCAACUUUGGAAGUUGUAGUCAGUCGGAUGAAAACUAUUCAGUCUUCUCUUUGGCGUCACUUAGAGAAACAUGACACUGUUCCUCCCCUGAGAUUUGUAGCUGUUUCUGCAACAAUCCCAAAUACUCAAGAUAUUGCAGAAUGGCUUUCAGAUAGUAAGAUGCCUGCUGUUUGCCUGAAAAUAGAUGAGGAUCAACGACCAGUGAAGCUACGCAAAAUUGUGCUUGGUUUUCCUUGCAGUGACAAUCAGACAGAAUUCAAAUUUGACUUAACUCUUAACUACAAGAUAGCUAGCGUUAUACAAACAUACUCGGAGCAAAAACCAGCACUUGUGUUUUGUGCCACAAGAAAAGGAGUACAGCAGGCUGCUUCUGUUCUUGCAAAAGAUGCUAAAUUUCUACUGAGUAUAGAACAGAAACAAAGAUUACAGGGGUUUGCAAAUUCAUUGAAGGAUUCCAAACUCAGAGACCUUUUGACGUAUGGUGUGGCUUACCAUCAUGCGGGUAUGGAGAUAUCAGACAGAAAAAUAAUUGAAGGAGCUUUUACUGUUGGAGACUUGCCAGUACUUUUUACUACUAGCACCUUAGCUAUGGGAGUCAAUCUGCCUGCACACCUGGUGGUUAUAAAAUCCACAAUGCAUUAUGUUGGAGGAGUGUUUCAAGAGUACAGUGAAACUGAUAUUCUGCAAAUGAUUGGGAGAGCUGGAAGGCCUCAGUUUGACACUACUGCCACAGCAGUUAUUAUGACUCGUUGCAGUACCAGGGAGAGAUAUAUACAGAUGUUAAAUGGAGCUGAUAUAAUAGAGAGCAGCUUGCACAGGCACCUUGUUGAACACUUAAAUGCAGAAAUAGUGCUACAUACUGUCACGGAUGUCAGUGUAGCUUUGGAAUGGAUACGAUCAACAUUCUUGUACAUUAGAGCCUUAAAAAAUCCAACUCAUUAUGGUUUUUCAUCUGGAUUAGAUAAAGUUGGAAUUGAAGCAAAAUUACAAGAACUGUGUCUGAAGAACUUAAAUGAUUUAUCAGCUUUUGAUUUGAUCAGGAUGGAUGAAGCAAAUAAUUUCAAACCAACAGAGACUGGAAGAUUAAUGGCAUGGUAUUACAUUGCAUUUGAUACAGUGAAGCAGUUUUUCACAAUUAAGGGAACUGAGACACUAAAUGAAUUGAUUACAAUGAUCUCCAACUGCACAGAAUUUGUGGAUGUGAAGUUAAGAACAAAUGAAAAGAAAAUAUUGAACACUUUGAAUAAAGACAAAGACAAAAUAACUAUCAGGUUUCCAAUGGAGGGGAAGAUAAAAACAAGAGAAAUGAAAGUAAACUGUCUCAUUCAGGCUCAGCUGGGAUGUAUUCCUAUUCAAGACUUUACUUUGACACAAGAUACUGGCAGAAUAUUUAGAAAUGGCUUGAGAGUUACUAGAUGGCUAUCUGACUUUCUGGCAUCAUCUAAGAAUAACUUCUCUGCUUUAUUAAACUCCCUGAUUUUGGCAAAGUGUUUCAGGUGCAGACUUUGGGAAAAUUCACUUCAUGUGUCUAAACAAUUGGAAAAAAUUGGUGUAUCAUUGUCAAAUGCUAUGGUAAAUGCUGGGCUCACAUCAUUUAAAAAAAUUGAAGACAUAAAUGCAAGAGAGCUUGAAUUGAUUUUGAACAGACAUCCUCCUUUUGGAAACCAGAUAAAAGAGUCUGUUUUGCACCUUCCAAAAUAUGAACUUGAAAUUGAACAGCUUCCCAAAUACAGUGACACGUUGGCCGAAAUCUUAGUAACCAUCAAAUUAACAAACUAUGAGCAGCUCCAGACAAAGAGGACAGCGCCAGACUUUCACUAUGUUACAUUGGUCAUAGGAGAUGCUGACAACCAAGUUAUUUUUAAUCAGAAAAUUAUGGAUUCUGUGCUUUUGAAAACUGGAAAUUGGAUGAAGAAAAUUGAAGUUAAAAGAGCUCUUAAAUCAGAAGACAUUAGUAUAAAUUUAAUUAGUUCUGAUUAUGUUGGCCUUGAUAUACAGCGAGCAUAUACAGCCUUCUACUUAACACCAAAACCAGAGGGACGUAAGGUGGUUACAAAUCAAAAACUGAAAGCUGAAUCUACACUUGAUAAAUGUUAUGGCCCACCCCAAAGCUUGCCAGCAGCAAAAGUAGAUACAGGAGGCAGAUCUAAACAGGCGAUUGCUUACAAGAAAUAUGGCAACAGAGAAUGCAACCACCGCUGUAAAAAUAAAGAUGUGUGUGGGCAUGACUGCUGUAAAACUGGAGUAUCUCCAAAGUCACAGAUGAAUGGAGACACAAAGUUUUCUUUGUACUUAGCUGAUUUAAGGAGCAGGAACUCAGUUUCAUCUAUACCCCCAGUAAAACGUCUAAAGAUGCAGAUGUUAAAUCAAGCUGAAAAUGUGGAUCUCAAACAAUUUGUUUUUACACCUAAGUCUUUAUUGCCAGCCUUGCCAAGGUCUAACAACAAACUGUCAUCUUUACCACCUUCAGUGGACCAGGCAGAUAAUAUUAAUACCUUAGAAGUAUCUCAGAAACAGCUGCAAUCCUGGAAUUGUGGAAAGAGUAAUGCUUUGAAUGUGGACUUUGAACUGAGAGAUGAUAUUUGGGAUGAUAUUGAUGAUGAGAAAUUGGUAUUUGCCAGUAAUUUUGUCAGUAGAGAAUUAGAUGAAUGUCAACCCCUCUGCCGGUAUACAUCAAGCAAUGCCACAAAUAACAUUUCAAAAGAUUCAUGGACAGUACAAGAUGAAUCCAGUAUUCAGAACUCAGAUGUUUCUGUGGUCAAUAGCACAUCAAAAGUGGAUUUAUCUGUACAGAAUAGAAAUGUAACUUUGUUUAGUUUUCAAGAAAAAACACAUUCAAGUCCUUCUCAAGAGCAAAAAAAUUUACAGUGUUCUUCCAUCCCAGAAAUAAUCUCAGACUCUUCUAAAUUCACUAGGAAAGAAGAUUUUUUUAUUUUCACCAAAGAGCAGGGAAAAGAAGUAGAUCCAAGAUUUCUUCUUGAUGAUGAAACCAAUGAUGUCAAGCCCUUUCUUGGAAUAUUUGAUGGUAUUUUGUAA